AUGAAGGCAAGGGGCUUUGGAUGGGAAUUUAGUGACAUUGAAUUCUAUUUAGGCGCCUUUGCUCUCUCAGGGUACAUUGGUGAAACCAAAUCCCUUGUGAUACUGGAUAUUCGACAGAACCCUAUCAACGUAGCCGGUAUAAUGGCUAUCACUCGUACCCUCAAAGUUAAUAGAUCUCUACACUCUCUACUUUUCGACGCUCACAAUACUAACAUAUCUACACCAGAGGAGAAUGAAAUGAGGCACAUUUGCCUUAAGGAACUCACUGAAUAUCUUCGAAGAAAUCGAAGUAUUCAAUUACAACCAGAGCCAGAUUGCCAUCUAACAACAGGCAGCGAGAAUCAUGCUAUCUCCCCGAAGAUCCAAAAAGCUGUCGAGAGAGUGUCUUCCCCACCUAUGCCAGAUGAUAUCAGCAACCGUAAAAAUGAAGAAGAGGAGAUUAAAGAAAUACUUCUAGACCCUCCUAGACCCCCAGGUUACGUAUCACCCCGUGGGUCACUUGAACUUGAGGAUGUACCACUAGAUAUACCUACUGUGGCAAACGAUUCGCCAUUCGAACUUCAAUCGAUACACCUGACCAUGCAAUUACAAAAUGCAGUUCAACUUGAUUUAGCAACCUCUGAGAAAGUAGAUAUUUCAAAGAAUCAGGAGUCUAGCAACCAGCAUUCGGAAAUGACCACGGAGGAAAUUCCUGAUAAAGAGGCUCCAGUCUUCAAGACGGUGACCGAAGAACCUAGUACUCUAUUCCAACAAGAAAUGCAGAAUCCCGGUGAGGAGGUCCCCAUUAAGUCGGGAAAUUCGGAUCAAGUUUUUGAGGAAUUAACAUUGCCGAAAGAAAAUUCCAAUGGCGGUAUGGCAUUCGAAGGCCUUGGAGAUGAACCACCGAUGGAAUUUGAAGCAUUCCUGCAGGAACAUAGUGAGCCUACUAGUGAAACUGUGAAUCGAAAAUAUGAAAAUUCCUUUGAACCAUCACUUGCGGAAACUGAUGAAUCUAGUGUUUACCAUCAGGGUGAUUUAGAAUAUCGGAUUCCACAAGCUCACGAUGACUCAAUCCCCUUUUCGGUUCCCGAUGAUAAAUCAUCGCUACAGGCCGUUGCAUUAGAUUCAUACCAACAAGAAAUAAUUGAAAAAGACAUUUUCGCUACGGAAAACAGCCAAAUUGAAAAGACUAAUUCUUCCUUUGCGGCUGAAAACUAUGAACCACACUUUCAACCGGAGGAGUCCUUACCUAGAGAUAAAACUUCGCAAUCGGAUGAAAUGAUUUUGAGUGAAUUCAAUUUGGAAAGUGAGAACCAAAUCUGGCGAGAACCUCAUUCAAAUAUUGAGAUGAAGAUUUCAGCUAAUCCUGACUCGGAAAUCCCAAAUGAAAUUUCUUAUCUCACACCUAAUGCAAAUACUUUCAACGUCAUGACAACAAGCCAAGAGAAAUCCAGUUCGGAAGAUUUGUUGAAAGAAGUUAUGCAACAAUAUCGCAAUGCCGAGAUGACAUCAGAAAUGGAGGAUUCAUUUUAUAAUCCUGUUCAACCCGAUGACUUCAUUCGUAGAGAGGUGGAAGUAAGUGAAUCGGAGGAUUCUUUGUUUAACUCAUUGGGACAUUCACCUCCAAAAUCUACUACUAAAGGAGUUAACGUUGCAACUGGUCUGGAAGAACAUGAUGUGGAGGAAUUACCAUCGGAUUCAUGCAGAAAUAAACAGGCUUAUUGGGUGGACGUAGAGCGGGAAAGCGGGAGCACUCAAGGCACCUUUGUCUCAGAGAAGGAACAACCUGAAAUUUCAUCUUUACACAAUAUGGAAAUACCAUUUACUCAGGGUAUUGCCACUGCAAUCGAAUGUGACAACUUUGUUGAACAAUCUGUUGAGCUUAAAGUCAAAAGUAGUAAUACCUCAGUGGAACAAGAUCUCGGAUCAGAAAUACCCCCAGGAGAAACAGAGCAGCAUGGGAAAGAGUCUGUUAAAGUGACCAAUGAAGUGAGAGAAGAAAACGAGGGCAUUAAUGGUCCAACUCUAUGCCAAAAUAUUGCAAAUUUAGAGAAUGUGGCGGAUUCAAUAGUUGUAGGUGAAUCUGCCUCUUUCGAAAAAAAUGAAGAAGCUUCCAUCGCAUUAACUUUUGGAGGGCCUGAUGAAAAAAUGGAAGAGUAUAAUGAUUGGCCCAAAACCGAAGUUGUUAAUGUGAAGUUGGAACCCGGAAGAAAUACUCCUCUUUCUCAAGACGUUUUUGAAUCGAACAGAGGCGGAUCUACUUCCAACUUUCGUGACGAUUUCAUCAAGAGUCUAUCGAGUGAUCAGUUGGUUGAUGAACUUAUUCAAUUCAGAAGGGACACUACAAUUGGUGAAGAAGCCCUAGAGAAGAUGCCAAUGAGAACCGAUUAUUCGUUGCUUCAGGCAAUGCACAUAUCCAAUGAGGAGACCAUUACCGAUAAAAUUCCGAAAUCCGAAAAUUUAAUGAACUCUUCUACAAAUGAGGCUAAAAACGUGCUAGCUUCUGAUACACUUUCAAGUUCAAACGGAGGUAAAGGUAAUUUAUUGCAAAGCUCUGGUUGGAAAACCGCUGGGUCAGGGACAGGCAACGAAGUGCUUAAUGAAGAUAUCGUGGAUGUCGAAGAACAGCUGAGAGAGGUUCAUGAGAAUAGAGCUCAUGAUGAAAGUUCUUCUGAAAUAAUUGUCCAACCUCUUUCGGAAGCUGCUAAUUCUGCAGCAAAUAUAGUAUCUACUGAUCAAUCGCCAGGAGUUGUUACAGAAGCACUUAAAAUUGAAAACAACGGGACUUGGAGUGAUUUUAAAGAAACUGGAAUGGAAGAUCCGCCAGUACCACCACUUGAUAGCAUUAGAUUCUCUGAUGUAAGCCGAGAAGGUGCGUUUCCGGAUUCAAAUCUAACUGAAUCAACACCCAAUUACAGUAAUAUCAAUGAUCUUACUUCAUUAGAAAAGCCAGAGACAACAACUUUCUCAUUAAGCGACUCUGAUGAUGAAGAAAUGGAACAGCUGCAGUCGAGAAUAGAAGAAAUGACUCCCACAGGCUCUUUACUCACUGAAAAUAAAGGUUCAGCUAUAGAGCCUUCUCUUUGUUCUGAAUCAAAUCUUGCACAUAUUUCAAGGAAUGAGGCCUAUUGGACUGAUUUUGAUCAACCUGGAUUGGAGGAGUAUGCCCCUGAUUCUUUCAACUUACAGUUGGAGCAACCGAAAAAAGAGCAAUUAAUAGUGCAUGGCAUUACUGAAGAGGAAGAUGAGCUAGAUCGUGGUGAUUCUUUUACUAAACUUAGCUCUGAAUUUCAAAUUAAGGAACCUGUUAAUUGGGAAGUGGGUGAAUCGGAUGAUGGGAAUAGCCAAGGUGAUGCUGAGUCGAGUAGCUUAGUUAAUCAAAUCGGUUCUCAAAUGGAUAACUUGGACUUGGCCACCACCAUCAAUCAAACAAAUAGCAAUGCACAUCCUCAUUCUGCUUUAACUACUCACGAAUAUAAAUCUGAGCUGGAGCAAAUAUCUCAAUCUGAAGUUCCUAGUAAUCUACUUACAACAGAAUCCGAUAAAGAGGCGCCAGAAAGGCUGAAUGGUAUUGAGCAGGGGAUCGGGGAACCCGAUCGGCAGGAAAGCAAGCAGGAAGCUUUUAAAUUACUGCCGAAAUUGGAAAUUGAAGUGCAGUCUGAAGACUUGUGCUCUGCGAGGGAAAUUUUUUCUGCGGAGACGAAUAGAGAUGAAGAGUUCGGGAAUGAUCCAGUUGAUGACGGAUCUCAAUUAGAAAAGUUAUUCGAGAAUAACGGAACCAACCAACGGAAGACUUGCGAUUUGAGCGAUAUUUCUUCAAAUGUUCAGACCUCUUGCUCAAGCAAAGAAAAAAUUUCGGCUAAGAUGGGAACAGAAACUCAUUGUGACCUAAAGGUUCCUUUAUCUGUUUUCAAUAAUUCCUCGAAAGUAGAAACAGAGGUCCUGGAUAUUAAUAAAAUGGAAUUAGAAGCUAAAAAUAAACUGAAAAAGGACACGACUUUGAAUGAUCUACUUUCUAAUUCCAAGACUGAGCAAAAAACGCCACCCUCGAAACUUCUAGGAUAUCGCAAUUCAGAAAGCGAGUCAACUUUCGUAUGCCAAGGAGGCAUGAAGCAUGAUGAUUUCAAUUUUCAACCUGAAAUUAAUGAUUGGUGUGAAGAGGAAUUUACAAAUGUUUCUGCUUCCGGAGCAGGAGGUAGAAGCGAAGCCGCAGAAUCCAUGCAGAAUGAGGUUAAUCUAGGUAAAUCAACGGACUCAGGAGAUGAGAAUAUUUUUCAGGUGCAUUUCGAACCACUCUCUGCCCUCGAUGAGCAGGCUAAUUUAACAGACACUACGGCCGAAGUGGAGGUAAACAAUCAGGACAAAUUUGCCGUCGAUCCUAUCGGAGUUGACCAACCAACUGAGGAGAUAGGUCCACUCGUUAGUAGCUCGGAAUGGUUAAAUACCAAACGCCAAUCCGGAGACACUUCACAGAGUUACUUGGCCUUUGAAUCAAGAGUUGACUCCCAGCAGCGCAAUGCAAGCAAUUGGGAUGAAGCGGAAGUGCCUGAGAAAACAGGCUUUGCUGAUUUCUCUCCUAGCAUUAUUGACCACCAACAGGAAAACGAUCUCUCCAGAGAUGUAUGCUAUCAGUUAAUAUUUUCGAAAUGUUUAUAA